GAAGAAAAAAAAAGCUGCGCGCUGAUUGGUCGAAACUUUUCGCGGACUUUAGCAUGUGAAGAAAAACUAUUUUCCAGGGUUUUUUUUGGUUGUUUUUUCAGUCCAGGCUUCGACUGGAAGCGGCCGCAGGUUCCUUCAGCUGUUCUCCACUUUGUGCGUCCAGGGUAAAACCAGCCACCAUGUCCUUGACAAACGGCCACAGUGUGAGCAAAGAAACGUGGGACUCGCACAACAAGAUGAUGCUGGAGCCUCUGGCCAUCAGCGACUCGGAGGUGUUCUCUAUUAUAAAGAAAGAGAAGCACCGGCAGACGUACGGUCUGGAGCUGAUAGCGUCGGAGAACUUCACCAGCAGAGCGGUUCUGGAGGCUCUGGGUUCCUGCAUGAACAACAAGUACUCUGAGGGAUACCCAGGCCAGAGAUACUACGGUGGAGCCGAACAUGUGGAUGAACUGGAGAGACUCUGCCAGAAGAGGGCGCUGGACGUUUACGGCCUGGACUCGGAGAAAUGGGGCGUCAACGUGCAGCCGUACUCUGGUUCGCCCGCUAACUUCGCCGUCUACACGGCCAUCGCGGAGCCUCACGGCCGCAUCAUGGGGCUGGACCUGCCCGACGGAGGCCACCUGACGCACGGCUUCAUGACGGAGAAGAAGAAAAUCUCAGCGUCGGCCAUUUUCUUUGAGUCCCUUCCCUACAAGGUGAAUCCAGAAACCGGCUACAUCGACUACGACCGUCUGCAGGAAAACGCUCGACUGUUCCACCCGAAACUCAUCAUCGCAGGGACGAGCUGUUAUUCCCGUAACCUGGACUACGCCCGGCUGAAGCAGAUCGCCGUGGAGAACGGAGCCUACCUGAUGGGAGACAUGGCUCACAUCAGCGGGCUGGUGGCGGCCGGAGUCGUACCGACGCCGUUCGAUCACUGCGACAUCGUCACGACGACGACGCACAAGACGCUGCGCGGCUGCCGAGCAGGACUCAUCUUCUACAGGAAAGGCGUGCGCAGCGUUGACGCCAAAGGGAAGGAGAUUAUGUACAACCUGGAGACUCUGAUCAACCAGGCUUUGUUUCCUGGUCUGCAGGGAGGACCACACAACCACGCCAUCGCAGGUGUUGCUGUGGCUCUGAAACAAGCCAUGACCCCUGAGUUUCAGGCCUAUCAGGUCCAGGUUCUCGCCAACUGCAAAGCUCUGUCCAACGCUCUCAUUGACCGCGGAUACAAGAUCGUGACCGGCGGCUCUGACAACCAUCUGAUUCUUCUCGACCUGCGUAACAAAGGAUCUGACGGAGGACGAGCUGAGAAGGUCCUGGAGGCCUGCGCCAUCGCGUGUAACAAGAACACCUGUCCAGGAGAUAAAAGCGCUCUGCGUCCUAGCGGCCUGAGGCUCGGCUCUCCAGCUCUGACCUCCAGAGGUUUGGUGGAGGACGACUUCAGGAAAGUGGCCGAGUUCAUUCACAGAGGUCUUGAGUUGACCCUGGAGAUUCAGAGGAGCCUGGAUCCCAAAGCUCCUCUGAAGGAGUUCGUCCAGGCUCUGGGUCACGGAGAGAAGUUCCAGCAGCGAGUGGCAGAGAUCAGGGCCGAGGUCGAGGCCUUCGCCGCUCAGUUCCCAAUGCCGGGUCUGCCUGAGCUGUAGAGGACAGAACAAAUCAUCUCAACUCACGGUGCCCGACACGUCUCAGAGAAAAUGGUCCAUAUGAAGAAAGGUUACAGAGAUGAAGCUCUGUUUCCCACUGCAGCUUUAGUCUCUGACGAUUUAUUUACUGUACUGAUCCAGAGUUUUCUAACUCACUACUACUGACUGACGCCCAGAACAUAUGAUAUGAAAUUAUACCUGCAGAUGUAUUAAGUAAAAUACAGUUUAAUAAAUAAAACCACUGUUGUUACCGA